CAGUCACAUGGCUUUACCUAAUGGUUUUUUUAACCACUUAACCUAUUUUCUGGCUGCUGGUGCUGUUACUUUGGGGAUUGGUUUCUUUGCUUUGGCAUCAGCUUUGUGGUUCCUAAUUUGCAAACGAAGAGAAAUAUUUCAAAAUUCCAAAUUUCAAGCAAAGGAUGUGCGAUGUAAGCAAAGGCCAUUAAAGGCGAAGGUUAAAUCUCACCCUCAGUGUGUUUUUAUUUCUCGAAAUUUUCAUACUGGAAAAUUCCAAUUACAGGAGGAGCAAAGAAGAAAGGAAACAUCACAAACAAAAGCAAUUGAAGAUCACUCUAAAGAUGAGUUCUGCCUCGCAACAAAAAAGGUUAUUUGUGAUCCCUCAGAGACUAGCUUGGCAACAAAUUGCAGCAGUGCUACCUUAAGUGUAUCAACGUUACCAUCAGAUUCUUGUUAUAGCCAAAGUAUAGAAGCAGCUGAUGACUGGUUUUCUGAUGAUUCUCCAUCAAAAAAGAGCUCACCAAUGCCUCUUCUCAGGGAACCUCUAAUGGAGAAAGUAUUUUCAUACCUGUCAACCAUUUCAUUAGAUGAAUGUACUGAAAAUGUACUGAAUAAGACACUUGGUGAUGAUCAAAAAGAUGACAACAUUAAGGAAAUAAUUACACAAAGAAAUACAGAGGUUGAAAUACCAAACCUUCAUUCAACAUAAUACUGAAUGAUUUUUGGGGAAACUUUGUAUUCAUUGAAAUCAUGUAAAGUUAAAGCUGAAUUACUGGCUUCUGAGUCUCUUAACAUGUCCAUGAUUAUAUUCCUUUUCUUAUUCUUUACCAUAGAGUGUUCCUAUUUGCCUUGCCCAUUCUUAUUUCUGGAAACAAAAUUACAAGAACUAGAGUGUUGUCAUGAACACUAAGUUUAACUCCUUGUAUCUCAUCAAAAGACAUAAUAAUAAAAUGUAUUUCAAUAUAAGAAGAAUUAAUUUAAGAAAUCAUCAGCACAAAUAUAUUUUUGAAUAAAGAAUUCAGAGCAUUUCCUUAUACUUUGACAUUUU